CGCUGAUCACACCAACGAGGUCCUCGUACAGUGCAUGCGCGCGCACUGAUAUCAAAACUCCAUGCGCAUCGGUCCAGGAGGACGUGCGUUCUCUGUUGCUCCAGCUGUUUCCCUGUCAUCACCCGUUCGCAACCAACCGUCAACUUUCAAAAGCCUGAUAUCUCUUUCAAACAAAUCCGAGACUCGCUGACCAGGUUCAUUUUCCCAUCUCGCCCUCCCAAGAGACAUCCUCCUCCCUUGACCCCGGUCGCUUGAUCUCGUUAGUUCUCGCCUGAUCCCUCGCGAGUCCGCCUCUAAAUCUAAAAAAUUCCCGGUCUUUUGUCCACUUGGCCAGACUAUACUGCCCUCUCUCAUCACUCGUCCUUCUUGGUACUCACCAUCAUCACAAUCCCCAGCUACCUCAACGGACAACAGUGCUAUCGCCCGUCUACCACGAGCGCACUUCAAGGACAGCCGUUGCAGCUGUCGACCUCAGCGCUCAUUUGCCACAAGGGCGCUGGUCGUGAAGACUCGCCACUGUGCGCCAACUUCUUCUGGCUGCGACCGUUCGGUCUCGUCAGCUUCGGCGCACGAUUUCUCUUUCCUACCUCACGAAUAACACAACCGCAGUCGCUCGUUAGAUUCAGUUGGCUGAGAUGCUCACCACUUGAGCGACCAAACAAUCACCUGAACACGGCCGAGACCACGAAGUAAACAAUAACAUUGGCUCCUCAUGAUGGACUAUAUGCAGGAACCCUUCGCCUUUCCGGCCCAACACCAGCCGCAAAUGUACUACCAGGCGAUACCAUAUCCGCCCUCUUAUAUGGUCCAUCCUCAACAGCCACUCGAUGACUUCUACCCGUCUCUGCGAUACAAUGCGAAUGAUUAUGCCGACUACAUGGGUUCUGGAAUAAUGCCGGAUGACUUUGGUCCGGAAAUGGAAGAGAUCUCGACUCGUCCGAGGCUCACUAAGGAGCAGGUCGAAGUUCUAGAGGCCCAAUUUCAAGCCAAUCAUAAGCCCAACUCCCAGGUUAAGAGACAAUUGGCUAUUCAGACCAACCUCAAAUUUCAACGUGUAGGGAAUUGGUUCCAAAACAGAAGAGCCAAGGCAAAACAGCAGAAACGACAGGAAGAAUAUGAAACUCAGAAGGCGGCGGAAAAGCCAGAAUCCAACUCCGGCGAAACCAUCAAAACUCCAAAGCUUCGAAUGGCAUCGCCUAUCCGAUCCGUUUCUUCGUCGCCCAAGAAGGCAUAUAUUUCCGCUGGCGACAGCACUCCAUCCCCUACGAAGACCCAUGACAGUUCCAAAGAGUCGAGUUGGGCUUCCCUUCAAGCCUCCCUUCAACGAACUCUUGGCCACACAAAGGGUUCCCAAGCCGAGCAAAUGGCACAGCAAAAGGCCUCCAUGGUCCCUCCAAAAAUGCCUCAACCUGCGCAACCUGCAACGAUACAGCUUCCGUUGCGGGUCAGUCCUCACCGGGCUAAUGCGUCGUUGCCAAACAACGUGGCGGCAUGGCCUUCUAGCGCCGCGCCACAGCAUUCGCCAAUAACCCUACAAGACAACACCUUUGACUUUGGCUUCGACGAUGACAAGAUUGAUGUAAACACAAGUCUCCAGGAUGCCGCUCUGGUGGACUCGUUCAUUAAUCAGGAAUCAUACAUGGUCAGUCCGGAGGACCUCCAUGGAUCGUUGGCAACACCGAAAGGAGGAGCCCUCCAGCAGAACGACCCGGCUGAAACCAUUCCCUCGCCUGGCUUUAGCUUGCCCUCGUACCCUGGAUCGCGCCGUCAAUCAGCCGCCAUCACAGACGAGCUCUCCAACAAUUUCGGAAACUUCGCCCUCGCCAGUAGCUCUCCUAACGCUAUGGCUCGGCGUCGGCCCUCCGAGCCUAUCCAGCAUCCUUCUAGUGGGCCUCUUGAUAUCGCUGCGCGGAGGAAACGACCGCGUCCUACACCCUUGACUUCAGCCUCACUCCGCAGCCGAUCCUAUGGUGCCAUGACGUCCGUUUCACCAACCUUCCGACCGGGUGCUACGGCUCCUGCGAUGCCUCAUUCCAUUCGUCACGUAAAAUCUGCUGGGCAGGCAUUGAACUCUCGUUAUGCGGGGAUUCGCAAGGCGAGUUCUGCCCAACGGUCCCCCAUUACUCCGAGCUUUGCUGAGGCUCAAGCUUUCAAUCAAUUGAUGGCACAACAAGCGAUGAAUGCGCAGACUCUCGCCGAAUUUCCUGCUCCAACACUAUCACCAGACAUUAUUUCCAAUGCACAAAUGACAGAUCCUGAGAAGAACCCGUUCUUUGGUCACAGUCUUGAUAUGUCUGGUCAAUAUGCCUUACAGGGACAGAACUUUCCUGCCCACACGGCAUCGCCGCCGAUCACUCCGCAUCCGUCGGAUUUCAUGAUGACACGAGGUGCUUCACAACAGUCGCUCAUUCCACCCGCUUCAGCCCCUCCACAAUACGCGUCCUUUCCGGAAUACACUCCGCCCUACUCGGCUGGUCCAUUGACGAACAGCAGCUGGUCAGAUGCGUUGACGUCUCCUGAGGUCGCUUCAUUUCCGCCAGUGACUUAUGUUCCUUCUCUGAACUAUUCGCAGCAGGGAGAUGCCCUUUCGGGUUCUUUCCAGCAAUUCGUCUUGCCGUCCGAUACCACCACGGAGCUCGAUUUUGAGGCUCAGAUGGAGCACAAGAAGACGGAGUUUUAUAUUCAAGAAUUCCCGAAUCAAAAAGAGGAGCACGCCCACGUGGCUCAACAACUGGCCCAGCAAAGGCCCAAGAACUACGUCUUUGCGAAUUCUGCGCCUCAAGACUAUACAGGGGAAUGAGCGAGUCAGCUUGAAACAUUGUCUGACUACGUGUAUGCCUAUGAUUUUGUUCUUAUAUAUUUGUUUUGAGCGUUCAUAAUACCAACGGAAGGUAUGUGUCAUUACAGGCGUUAUUCAUGGGAUGGAGGACGAGAGGGCCAGGCACGAAACCUUUACGAGGACUAGGACUAGAGACGGAUGUAUGUUGUCUGCAUGCCAUAUGGCUACAACACUUACUUUAUGGAUAAUAUGGGUAAUUUAAGAAGAAGAAGCCCCUACGGGUAUGUAUACGAAGGAAAGAGAACAGCCUCGGGAGUUCGAAAAGGUAACCUUCGACGUUACCUCCUAGAGUCUUGCAUCCUGUAAUUGAAUACACUGAAAAAUCCAUUCUUAUUAAAAUAUAA